CCUCGUUUGACGUUUGACAUUUUUUUCUAAUAAUGUCUGUGUCUGUCAAUGUUUGAUGCUGAUGUCGAUGUGUGUCGAUGUCGAGACGAACGCUAAGCCAAGUGCCAAUCCGAAAAGUUUCAUUCUCUCUGCUUUAAGUAACGUCGACGUAGGCUACGAGCUACGAGAGAUACGGUUGAAGAGAAGAUUCCACAAAAUAGAAUUUUAAGUAAAAAGAAGCAAUUUAAUUUCAGAGAUAAUUGCGAAUUCUGAAGAACGGUUAUCUCUCUCUCUCUCUCUCUCAUCGAGAUACAUAUUGUAUACGUGAGCAUACGUGAGAUACGAUAACGAAAAAAACGUUUCUUCGGCCGAUGUAAUCGGGCCCCGGUGAUGAAUAUCUUUGCAAAAGAUAUUAGCAGUCGCUAAAGAGAGAGGAUUGAUGAACGCGCGUGAAGCUACGUCGGAUUUAAAAUGCCAAGUUCGUAUCUAUAUGCCAUUAACAAUGAAGGGCGUGUUUUUGGAUUGUCAACGUCCGGGAGUAUGUGGCGUGAAUUUAUGUACCUAGGACUUGAAUUUAAACAAUUGUCAGCUGUACCACAUUUUAUGUGGGCUAUUGGUGGUGAUCGCCAAGUUUACGUUCACGUUCAUGGCUUAGACAUUCCAAUCAGGAUCAAGGAAGAAACUUAUGAGAAUGAACGGUGGCUGCCUUUGGAAGGUUUCUCUGGAAGACUACUUCCAACUGACAGAUACAAUUUUUCCAAUCAAGACGGUACAGUUGAUCGUAGUAGAGACAAAGUGAAAUUGCCGUCGAUGGCAUGGCAAUGGGAAGGCGACUGGCAAAUAGAAACAACGUUAGAUGGUCAACCGUUAGAUCAUGAUGGAUGGACAUACGCAAUUGAUUUUCCAGCUACAUAUACUACAAAAAAACAGUGGAAGUCUUGUGUAAGAAGACGCAAAUGGGUUCGUUAUCGGAGAUAUAGCGCUAUGAAUUCAUGGUGCGCUAUUGCACCUCUACAUAAAGAUCCAACCAAGGAACCUUUUAUCGAUGUAGCAGUGGGCGGAAAUCAGAUGCCUGGAAGUAGUUCCGGUAGUUUAGUAGUUUGGGCAGUAACGGCUCACGGAAGGGUCAUGUUUCGCGUUGGAACAAGUACAACGUGUCCCGAAGGACAAAGAUGGAGCUCCAUCAAGUUGGCAAAUGGCUACGAAGUAUGUCAAAUUAGUGUUGGAGUAACCGGUCUGGUUUGGGCUGUACUUAUGGUAGGCAAAGCAUUAGUUCGUACGGGCGUGACAAGAGACAAUCCAAUAGGUGAAGAUUGGUCAGAAGUGGAACCACCGCAGAAAGACUUGAGAUUGGUACAAGUUAGUGUCGGUACCGAUGCCGUAUGGGCUAUAACACAUGAUGGUGGAGUAUGGUUUCGAAAGGGCAUUCAAGGCGAAAUAAGCGGUGUUUGCGAACAAUUGGCCACUGGAACCGGUUGGGUUGAAAUGUUAAGCAAAAUGGCAUUAGUAUCCGUUGCUCCAAAUGAUCAAGUGUGGGCUAUUGGCUAUGACGAUCGAUGUUUGUAUUAUCGUACUGGUAUCACACGCUCUGAAUUGACAGGAAAACGAUGGAAAUUAAUAAACGCACCGCUGCAACUUAGCAGAGCAAGUAGCAACGCUAGUUUGUCAUCUAGCAAUAGACAUAGUACUUGCGGCACACCGCAACAACAACGUCAUCAGAGCUGGAGUUCCUUGAAUCGUCCUCAUAGUACUGGUGAAGGUACAAUGUUAAUUAGAGAAUGGGAAGAGCAGUCACGUUCGGCGCCAACACCUACAUCUUUAAAAUUGUGGCAACGUACUGGUGACGGCACAUCCACAAAGAAUACUCAACAAACAUCUUUCCAAGAUAUAUAUCUCAAUGAAGAGAGAAAGAGAUCUGCAAAUUCUGUAGACACAAGUGACUUGAACGAAGCGAGUGUUGCCAGUAUAACUAUAUCUAACGAAUCUUUGGCAAAAAGUGGAGAAUCGAUAAUCGUUUCGGGAAAAGGAAUGGGCAGUACUGUCAAGAUUAAUCCUGCCGCAUGGAGUCCUGUUCAUUCCGUCGGUUCCAUGGUAGGUGUUGAAGCACAUCCAGAAACAGAUGGCAGUGUAUUUGAUCCAGAUUUUACUGGAGACUCUGGAGUGUACGGCGAAGAUGAAAGUGCUGGGAUAAUAUAUUGGGCUGAGUGUGAUGUGUUGUGGUAUAAAGUGGAAGCUGGGGCAUGCUUUGUCGAUCCAACAAACCCACCUAAAUGGAUUGCCGAUGGCAACGGCGCAGCGCAAGGGGAAAUUGGAGAAUUAUGGAGAAUAAACAUUUUAGAUGAAUUAAAAGCGAGAUUAAAAAAAAUGUCAUUUGAUUCUUCGAUAGUGUAUGAAAAAGCAAUUGAAAAAUCAUCUUGGGUGAAGAGUGGCGAUGCUAAAUGUAAAAUUAAAAAUGGCAGCUUGUACGAAGAUUGCAAGAUUGAACUGGAAUGGAUAAGCAGCGAUACUGGAUCAUUAGAUUCUGGGACCUUAAUAAUAUUAAAUUCAGAUGGCGUAACAAGCAUAAUACAAUUUCCUGUCUCGGAAAUUACGUGUGUCGUUUGCUGCAGUGAGCCAGGUAAUCCAAGAAUAGCAGUUCAUACUCCCAAAUUAAGUCGUUCAAAGGUAAUUAGACUACAAUUUGCAAGUGAUACGGAAAUGGAGGACUGGUUGGCGCAUUUAACUUCAGUAUCUUGCCAGAUGAAUAAUGUAUAUGGCAGACCCGGUCCAAAUUCCGUUUGGACCACAACUGCGCUAGGUGAUGUGUAUGUAUUCGAUUCUGCAAUUGCAGAGGAAUGCCAAUUAUCUGAUGACGGAUACGUACAAGAGAUGGAUGUUGCUGGUAAAGAUUUGCCAUUUGAAAGCAUAUUACAAAAUGGUUUUGGAUAUGGUAGUGCUCUGAGAAUUAUAGUAUGCGUUCAUGAUGACGCUGACAGGUUGUCUUUUAAUCUCGUCUGUUAUACUACAACAUUCGUGAGACAAAAGACUGUGACAGACAGUCAUGACAUUGCUUUACAUUUUAAUCCAAGACUCAAAGAAAAUAUUAUUGUACGGAAUACAUAUCAAAAUAGUCAAUGGGGAGAUGAGGAAAGAAAUGGAGGUAGUCCAUUGAAAGCAGGCUGUGACUUCACGUUGUACAUCGUUUGCGAAGAACGCGGUUAUAGAAUUUAUAUUAACGAUAGCGAAUAUACUUUUUAUAGUCAUCGAAUACCUCCAACCAGUAUUACACAUCUACGUAUCAAGGGAUUGCUGACUUUAUGUAGUAUCACGUAUAAAUCUACAUCUGUAAUUGUUGAACCCAGCAUAAUGUUUUGGAGACAAAUUGGUGGGCAUUUAAAAAAAGUUGAAACGUGUUCCGUGGGUGUUACUUGGGGCUUCGGUUACAAUAAUACUGCUUGGGUAUACACAGGUGGUUGGGGUGGCGCGUUUCUCAAAGGUUUGGGAACUAGCAGUACCGGAAUAAAUACGAUGGUAGAUACCCACAAUUAUUACGUAUACGAAAAUCAACGUUGGAAUCCAGUGACCGGAUAUACCGCACAUGGACUUCCAACGGACCGAUAUAUGUGGAGCGAUGCAACUGGACGGCAUAAAUGUACACGAGAGCAUACGAAAUUAUUGUCAAUGCAUUGGCAUUGGGUAUCAGAUUGGAUCGUCGACUUUCAUACACCUGGUGGCGUUGAUAGAGAUGGGUGGCAGUACGCUACUGAUUUUCCGUCGCAGUAUCACGGCAAGAAACAAUUUACCGAUUAUGUUCGAAGAAGACGAUGGUUUAGAAGAUGUCAAUUAACGACCAGCGGGCCUUGGCAAGAAUUGGGAAAUACGAAACUCGUCGAUGUUUCUUUAUAUGCGAUUGGAAAACCUGGCACAGAUGGUCCUAUUCAUGUCUGGGCGGUUGCUGCAAACGGAGAGGCUUUAUUUAGACGAGGUGUUUCAGAGUCUUGUCCAAUGGGAGUAUCAUGGGAACACAUACCAAGUGAUCAGCCCUUAAUUAGCAUAUCGUGCGGUCCAUGUGGACAAGUUUGGGCUAUUGGAAAAAACGGUUCCUCCUGUUGGAGACUAGGCAUCAGUGUUACAAAACCAACUGGUAUACAAUGGCAAAAUGUCGAGCCACCUUCAGGCGCUCAGUUGAAGCAAAUUUCAGUGGGAGACGAUGUGAUAUGGGUUUUGGAUACAAUGGGUCGGUUGUCAGUACGCCGAGAAGUACAACCUAAUGUUUUCCCCGAGGGAACUCAUUGGCAAACAUUACCCGCUAUGCCAAACGAUCCUAUUCAUAUAGAUAUGUCAGUAGCAAACGCUAAGCAAGGAUUUCGCCAUGUAUCCGUUUCAAGAGAACAGGGACAAGUUUGGGCAAUUUCAGGAGCCGGCAUUAUUUGUCGAAGAAUUGGCGUUACUCAUGAAAAUCCAGCUGGAACCGGAUGGGUGACCGGUAUAGGAGCAAACUGGCAAAACGUAAGUCUUGGUGGACUUGUAAAUAAAACGAAAUAAUCUUAAUUGCGAUUAUAUUAAAGUAUAGGCUAUUAGGUAACGUGAAAUAAUUAACAAUGUUGUGAUUGCCUUAAUCGUAAAAUGUAACAUCACGCGUGUAUACAUGUAUGAACAUAGAGGCGUGUUCCAUAUAAUAAAUAUUGCUAAUUUGUAGUUAAUAAUCGUAAUAUACGUAUAAGGCAAAUUACUCGACUCUAAUGCAUUGAAAACUUCUUCCUCGGUAUAACGAGUACUAAAGAAGUUGAGAUGAUACAAUUAAGUAGUUGACAAAAUAAAAUAUACAAGAAAAUACAUAACACAUACAUGCACGUUAUUUAAAUUACUUUUUGAGUUACAAUUUGCAUCAAAGUUACGAAUAUUUACAUGAUAAAACAACAAUAUCAUUGCAUAAACAUUUUGUUAUUUUUCUAGUAUAUCUAGGACCUAGAAUAUAUGACGAAUAACACGCACAGGCAGGCACAGACUUCUAUGGAAUACUAGACCAGUAACAUCUGUGGACGCACAGCCGAAAAGCCGAUGCGAGGUGCAAGUGGUAGUGGGGGAUGCGACCAUAUUGAAUUAGGUCACUACAGGUGUUCAGUUGCUCAUGAUAUUAAAAUCUUGGCUGCAUUCCGUUUCACACAUGAUGCGCAUAAUGCAACAUUUAUCCUUGUUGUUCACCGAAUAUUAAACAGGAUAAAAUGAUAAAUGAUGCAUUAUGUGCAUCAUGCGUGAAACGGAAUGCACCCUUUCGCUACUCUUAUAGCAUUGAACUCUUUCUUUUGAACACUUUGUAUAAUGCAUAGCUUGACCUAAGUUUAUGGCGGUAGGCAUCAUGGCCGUCGCCUGUUAGCGGUCUAGUAUUGCAUACAUAGAAAUCUGUGCAAGCAGAUAAAUAUAAUAAUAACAUCAAUGACUAGCAAAACAACACAAAAUGCUUACAAAUAUACAAAUAUACGAUGCAAUUAAAAAUGCUAGUCUGUGAUUGUGUAAACAUUCCAAUAAGCGUAACAAUAUUUAUCGGAUAAUAUUUGAGAGCUACUUCGCUAAUUUUUAUGAACCGCAGAAAGCUCAUGUAAAUUCGUAUUAUAAUUAAUGCGCUUGACUGAUAAAACCUUCUUGACAAUAGUUAAUAACUUAAUUUUUUCUUACAUAUAGCUAAUACUUGGUUAAAUUGUAAAAGUAAAGAAUAUAUAGUAAAACAUUUUAGAGUAAGAAAAGGCUAUAUGUACAUAAAGUUAUUAAUAUGUAUGUACAUACAUUGCCAAUGUAUUAAAAACAUCAUUGUAUAUCUUAGCCUUAAAGUAUUUUGUUCACUAUUUUAUCGAUGUAAAGAACGCAAGCUAUUUUCAUUUUACAAAUAUCACAAUAAACACUGCUUUUGUUAUUUAUCA